AUGAAGAAGGAUAAUCAAAGCAGUGUGUCGGAAUUUCUCCUCCUGGGGCUCCCCAUCUGGCCAGAGCAGCAGACCAUGUUCUUUGCCCUCUUUCUGGGCAUGUACCUCACCACAGUGCUGGGGAACCUGCUCAUCAUCCUGCUCAUCAGGCUGGACUCUCGCCUGCACACCCCCAUGUACUUCUUUCUCAGCCACUUGGCCUUCACCGACAUCUCUUUCUCAUCAGUCACAGCACCAAAGAUGCUGGUGAACAUGCAGACCCAGAGUCAAUCCAUCUCAUAUGCGGGGUGCAUUUCCCAGGUGUACUUUUUCCUAUUUUUUGGUGAUAUUGACAGUUUCCUUCUCACUUCCAUGGCCUAUGACAGGUAUGUAGCCAUUUGUCACCCCCUCCACUACACCACCAUCAUGAGCCAGAGUCUCUGUUUCUUACUAGUAAUUCUGUCCUGGGUUUUAUCCUUUGCCAGUGCUCUAUUGCAUACUCUGCUCCUGAAACACAGAAUGAGGAGGGAGAACCAGAGCAGCGUGUCGGAAUUCCUCCUCCUGGGGCUCCCCAUCCGGCCAGAGCAGCAGGGCGUGUUCUUCGCUCUCUUCCUGGGCAUGUACCUCACCACAGUGCUGGGGAACCUGCUUAUCAUCCUGCUCAUCAGGCUGGACUCUCGCCUGCACACCCCCAUGUACUUCUUCCUCAGCCACUUGGCCUUCACCGACAUCUCUUUCUCAUCAGUCACAGCACCAAAGAUGCUGGUGAACAUGCAGACCCAGAGUCAAGCCAUCUCAUAUGCGGGAUGCAUUUCCCAGGUGUAUUUUUUCUUAUUAUUUGGAGAUAUCGACAGCUUACUUCUUACCUCCAUGGCCUAUGACAGGUAUGUAGCCAUUUGUCACCCCCUCCACUACACCACCAUCAUGAGCCAGAGUCUCUGUUUCUUACUAGUAAUUCUGUCUUGGGCCCAAUCCUUUGCCAGUGCUCUAUUGCACACCCUGCUCCUGGCCCGUCUCUCUUUCUGUGGAGCAAACACUCUCCCCCACUUCUUCUGUGACCUCUCUGCCUUACUUAAGUUGUCCAGCUCGGACACCACAACCAAUGAGCUCGUCAUCCUCACUGUAGGAGUGGUCAUUACCCUUCCUUUCAUAUGCAUCCUGAUUUCGUAUGGCCGAAUUGGGGCCACCGUCCUGAGAGUGCCCUCAACCAAGGGGAUCUGCAAAGCCUUGUCCACCUGUGGCUCCCACCUCUCGGUGGUGUCUCUGUACUAUGGAGCAAUUAUCGGAUUGUACUUUUUCCCCUCAUCCGAUGAUUCCAAUGACAAGGAUGUCAUUGUGGCUGUGUUGUAUACACUGGUUACUCCCAUGCUAAAUCCCUUUAUCUACAGUCUGAGGAAUCAGGACAUGAAAGGAGCUCUGGGAAAUAUACUCCGUAGAAGAACAUUUUCACCAUGA